CACACAUCACACGUGACUUUGACCAACCUCUCUCUCUUUCUCUCUCUGUAACACACAAAAAAAAAGGAAGAAAAGAAAAUAUUCCCGAUUACGAACCCUAAAUCCCCUUUUCAAUCCAUCAAUUCAAUCAGAAAUUUAAUAGAAUGAUAAAUGAUGAUAUAUAGUAAGGUAUAUUGAGAGGAUUAUAAAGUCAAAAAAUGCCGGCGGUCCGGCGUAUUCCAAGAAUAGAUACUUUCGAGCUAAAAGUAGAAAUCGAAAAAAGACUUGGAUCAAAAAAGGCUGAAAGCUACUUCAAUCUAGUCACUAAGUAUUUAAGUCUUAAGCUUAAGAAACCGGAAUUCGAUAAGCUUUGUGUUAGUUUAAUAGGUCGUGAGAAUAUUCGUCUUCACAAUGAACUUAUCAUGGCUAUUUUGAAAAAUGCUGUGGUUUCUAAACUACCUCCUCCAAAGCUUGUGAAAAGCGAUGGCCCGGUGACUUUAAAAGCACCUAAUGGGACUAAUCCAAGAACCGGGCUUCAGUCUUUAUGCAGAGACGUGUUUCCUCCGUCUCCUAAGAAAGGGAGAACCCCGAGUCUUCGUGAAAGAAAGUUGAAUAAUCAGGUAGUUAAUAGAUCAUCUGAUAAUAUGGUGACGAAAAAAGUUCAAGAGCAACAACAAAGUGUUACUGAGCUGCCUCUUGAAGUGAAUUCUGUUGAGCAGGAUGCGAUAAGUCCGGGUGUUUAUAGUAGAAGCCCAGUUAGGGCUCCACAUGGCAUUAAUUUAUUACAUUCAAAAGAAACACGGAAAGUGCUUUCUAUUGGCUCGGAUUUUGCAUAUCAUACCGAGACUUGCCAUUAUAGUGGUCAUUUGCCUGCUACAGGUUCUUUAAAGAACAGGUUAAAGCAGAAUUUGAAAACGGAAGGCUUGGAUAUCUCUAUGGAUUGUGUUAAGUUAUUGAAUGAUGGGUUGGAUUGUUUUUUGAAGAGGGUUAUAAAACCGAGUUUGGAGUUAACUCGCUCAAGGUCUACACAAGGGUCAGGGGCCGCAUCGUUUUCAACCUCUAUGCUAGAUUUUCGGGUGUCAACAGAGAUCCAUCCCAUGAUUCUUGGAGAAGUUUCACAUAUACUACACGAGAAUAACAUUUGACAGAUUUUCGUUUAAUGAUAAAAUACCAUUUUAAUGAUACUAAAAAGCAUUGCUGUAAAAGUGAUACAUUUAACCAGCAAAAGUUUUGGAUGUAGACUGAUUAGGUUGUGUAUAUAUACGCGUUUCCUAUACAGGGAUGCUGAGCUGUGAAGAACAAAGAUAUAUGUUUAGUAAGAUUCAAGGCUUUCUUCAUUUGACAUUUAUAGUGUUACUCAUUUUUUUUGUGUUGAUGAAACUUACAUUAUAGAGCUAAUAUUGCUAACUUGUUUGACUUUUA